UCGGUCACGAGGGGCGAUCACUACAUCACCUCCUGGGUACACAAGGUACACUACCAAUGUAUACACUGUACAUGACAGCCCUGGAGUCCUUGACAUUGCAGGCCUAGCGUCGUGUUGCAGACCAGAUAGAUAGAGCAAGAGAUCUGCCCCAAGGUAAAACAUAGUCUAUCUACCAUCUCUAUAUCUUUCCUGGCGGCUGCUCCUCGUUGCUCCAAAGCCCUCCUCCCAUCGUCCCAGGUGCCGGAGCGCUACCCUUUUCUUUUCUUUCCUUUUCUUCUCUCCCCCCGCCCCUUUCGAGCCUCAGCCAGCUAGCCCCCGGCCACUGCAACCUCACUGGCAUCGACGACCCCGACCCCGACCCCGACUCCGCAUCCUCCGGCACCGACACGAGUGAAAAGCUUUACCCGGGCAACAUGACACACGGUGGCAUUAUGGCCAAUUCGGCCCAGGCCGACACUGAGGCCGACGCCACGCUCGAGAAGUUGGGGGUCAAGCAGGAGUUGCAGAGGAACUUCUCUCGUGUUUCCAUGCUGGGUCUCGCCUUUGCUAUCCUCAACAGCUGGACCGCCCUGGCCGCCUCACUUUCUCUGGCUCUUCCCUCUGGAGGGCCCUCGGCUAUUCUUUGGGGCCUGAUAACUGCUGGAAUUUGCAACCUGUGCCUUGCUGCCUCACUCGCCGAGUUUCUCUCAGCCUGGCCAACGGCCGGGGGUCAAUACCACUGGGUUGCCAUCAUCUCAUGGAAGCGUUCCAGUAGGGCCAUCUCAUACUCGACCGGCUGGAUCAACACCGCUGCCUGGGUGUGCCUCACUGCCACCGGCGGGCUCCUCGGGAGUGACCUGAUUGGCGGCAUCAUCUCCCUGCUCAAUCCCUCAUAUGAGCCCAAGUCCUGGCACCAGUUCCUCAUCUACAUCGCCUACACUCUCGCCGCCUUCUUCCUCAAUGCUUUUGCCAACCGCCUCCUCCCGUACUUCAACAAGGCCGCAUUCCUGUGGUCCCUCGCUGGGUUCACCAUCAUCUGCAUCACUGUACUCUCAUGCGCCACCCCAAACUAUCAGAGUGCCUCGUUUGUCUUUGGGGGCUUCAUUAACGACGUGUCAUGGCCGGACGGGUUGGCAUGGAUGCUUGGUUUGCUGCAAGGUGCAUUUGCGCUGACUGGAUUUGAUGCCACUGUGCACAUGAUCGAGGAGAUCCCACGUCCCCAGAUUGAAGGUCCAAAGAUCAUGCUGUAUGCCAUCUGCAUCGGCAUGUUCACCGGCUUCAUCUUCCUCACCUGCCUGCUGUUCGUCCUCAAGGACGUCAACGUCGUCAUCGAGUCCGCGGCAGGACCUCUCUUGCAGAUCCUGUAUGACGCAACGAACAACAAGGCCGGCGCGGUGUGUCUACUAAUGUUUCCGGUCGUCUGCAUGCUUUUCACGACAACUUCCAUCAUGACCACCAGCUCUCGCAUGAGCUAUGCUUUUGCGCGUGAUCGUGGCUUGCCCGCGUCCCGCGUCUUCGCCCAGGUCCACAAGGGCCUUGACGUGCCUCUCAACGCAUUGAUCUGGACUACCGUGUGGGUCAUCAUCUUCGGCUGCGUCUUCUUGGGCAGUGAUUCUGCUUUCAAUGCGAUUACUGCCGCCAGUGUUGUCGCUCUGGGUGUCACAUAUGCCAUCCCACCAGCCAUCAACGUCAUGCGCGGCCGGAAGAUGUUGCCAGAGUCGCGGGCUUUCAAGAUGCCAGAGUGGCUGGGUUGGUUCACCAAUCUUGUUGGAAUCGGCUGGACGCUCCUGACGACCGUCCUGUUUGUCUUCCCUCCUGAGCAACCUGUAACAGGGACAAACAUGAACUAUGCUGUUGUCCCCUUUGGUGUAGUCCUUCUCAUCGCCAUUGUCCAAUGGCUGACCGACGGCCGUAAGAAUUACGAAGGCCCAAUUAUCGACGCGGAAGUCUUCGGUGUUGGCAAGGAUGUUGUCGAAGGCGUCUCGGGCGGUGAAAGCAAGCCCUCGGGGGACGAGACAAUUGAGUCCAAGGCAGUGGAUCAGUGAGCGUAGCCACUUGAGCAUGUAGACAGCUGCAAAAUUGGGGAAACUGUCACAUAUAUCAGCAAAUUACCAUAGCCACGCGCAUAAAAUGAGAAAAUACUAUUAUG